CUUCCCGGGAAAUGACACUGCGCGCCAUUCUGCAAAAGAAAGUGAAUGCGGGCGGAGCUCGCGCGGAAACCGCGGCAAGUUUCACAGCGCAUUUGUUUGAAGACUGUUUACAACGCAGGCGGAAGAGAAAAGAACUGGAAGAAGAAGCGACCCGUGUGCAUGCGCCGUUUGAUGCUCAUUGCUGAGGUCGUUUGCCUUACGGGGGGAUCUAUGAAGGAGCACGCAGAAUUUUCAACGCGCAUAGCAGACCGAGGGAACAAGGAGUGACCCCCCCUCCGUCACUGCCUCUAUGCUUGGCAUCAGCUCCUCCACUGCGCCCCGUUAUGACAGCUGGGACAUGGACCACCUGGACUACUACCAGCACUACUUCUAUGACGACCAUCACAACCCGGAGGAGGAUUUCUUCAAGGCCACGGCGCCCAGCGAGGACAUAUGGAAGAAAUUUGAGCUGGUGCCCACCCCACCUAUGUCCCCCAUCCGGACUGUGGAGGGGUUGGGCAGGUUCGGGCUGGUGUGCCCCACACUUGGGGACAAGCUGGAGUGGGUGUCGCAGUUUCUGGGUCAGGAGGACGAACAGCAACAGCAGCAGCAGGACCCCCCCUGCAAAGUGACCCCGGCCACAGACUCCGUUGGGAACCUGAGCUCCAUCAUUAUCCAGGACUGCAUGUGGAGCGGCUUCUCGACAGGCUGGCAGCUGGAGAGGAUGGUGGGAGAGCGCUGCCACCCCUGCCAGGCCAAGGGGGGCCCCGCCACCACCAAGGUGGUCAACGGCACGUCACCGGGGAGGGCGCAGGGUGUACACACCGACGCGCUGCCUCUGGGUUGUUUGGUGGCGGAUUGCGUGGACCCGGCCGCUGUGCUCACCUUCCCCUUCGGAGGUUGCAAGAAGCAAAUCUCUUCUGGGUCGGAGUCCCGCACCAACUCAUCAGAUGAUGAGGACGACCAAGACGAGGACGAAGAAGAGAUCGACGUGGUGACCGUGGAGCACAAGCAACAACGCAAACCCCGCCGGCUGGUCAACGGCCGCAAACCCGCGACCAUAACGGUGCCAGUGGACCCGCUGGACCCCGGCAUGAAGCGGUUCCACAUCUCCAUCCAUCAACAGCAGCACAACUACGCCGCCCCGUCACCGGACACGCUGCCGCCAUCGUCCGCGGAGCUGCAGCCCCGUAAAAGGAUCCGACACGAAGCCUCGGCCCCGGCGCACCAUCAGCCGAGUCAGCAUUACCACCAACCCCGACUAGGCCACGCCCCCUCCAAGUUCGAUUGCAGGCGGUCUCAUGCGAUCGUGGCCGGGGCCCGUUCGGAGUCUCCCGACCUCGGCGCCUUAUCCCCCUCUUCCCCCGCGUCGCCAUCGUCCGCGGAGCUGCCGCCCCGUAAAAGGAUCCGACAUGAAGCCUCCGCUCCGGCGCACCAUCAGCCGAGUCAGCAUUACCACCAACCCCGGCUAGGCCACGCCCCCUCCAAGUUUGAUUGCAAGCGGUCUCAUGCGAUCGUGGCCGGGGCCCGUUCGGAGUCUCCCGAGCUCGGCGCCUUGUCCCCCACUUCCCCCGCGUCGCCGUCGUCGCCCCACUGCUCGUCGUCGUCGUCCUCCUCCUCCUCCUCCUCCCCGCCGCCGCCGCUCUCCAGCCCCCAGUCGUCGGACUGCGAGGACACGGACCGACGCAAGACCCACAACUACCUGGAGCGCAAGCGCCGCAACGACUUGCGCUCGCGCUUUCUGUUGCUGCGGGACGAGAUCCCCGGCUUGGCCGACUGCGCCAAGACGUCUAAGGCGACCAUCUUGACGCGGGCCACUGAGUACCUGCGGCAGCUGCACGCAUGUGAACGGCAGCAGGCUCAUGAGCGGAAGCAGCUCAAAGCCAAGCAAGCGCAGCUGCUGCAGCGGCUGGCGCAGCUCAGGCGAUCCUGAACGCUCCCGGAACUGAAAAUGUUGGAAUUGUGCGGGUGGAUUUUCUUUUUUUUUUUCUUUUUUUUUUGGAAGGUAGUUAUUUGCACAUUUAGCUUGAUAGACAAGCAAGGCAAGGACUACACAAGUCUUUGGUGAUCUCCAUACACUGCUAACAAAAAGUUCGGGAUAUCAGCCUUUGGAGUGAAAUUUCAGGAUGAGCCGAAAUUCAUUUGAACUUUUAAACCCAUAUGUCCAACUGUUUAGCGUAAUCGGCCGAUUGGCGAUUCUCCCAAAUGGGUUUUGUUCUAUAUGUUUCCAAGAACGUCCACCUCUGCCCUUCUGUGACUUUUCCAGUCUCUGUCUCAAAGAAGCUGAACGGCAUCCACUGAUGAAUUUCCUGGUUCAGUUGGAACUAGUAUCUCAACAGUCAUUUUCAUCAGUGCACAAAAACGCCUAAAUUGAUGAAAAGUUGCCGUUAUGAUCCUUCAAACUGGCUGUCAGGGGGAUAGUGGAGGUGGGAGGAUUCAAAGAAAGGCAGAAGUGGGCAUCCUUGGAAAUUCUCAUCCUGUCGGUAAUGUCGCCAUUUUGGCUUGUUCGAGAGGGACACGUUGUGCAGAAAGUAAUUUACCAGUGGAUGGUUUUGGGGAUUUCAAAUUAACAUUUUCGGUUGAUUCAAAAAGCCAAUAUCCCUGUUUUUGGGGUGUGUGUUAUCCCCCCCCCCCCCCAUGCUAAUUGACACUGAAGUAUUGUAGAGGGGGGCUCCAUGUGAUGUCUGAUCCAGACAGACUGAAGGACACCCCCUUGAUAAGUUAACUUCUUUCUGCACCUUUUUGUGCCAUCUAACCCCUCCCCCCAUUCCCAACGAGAAUAAUUUCAACUAUAUAUAAUGAUUGUACCAUGGGAAGCAGGCCAAAAGGUGAAUGUCGGCUUCAGUAUAUCAACCAAAAGAAAUUCCUAUGAGAAUGGCUUCGCUUAGUCGGAUCGUCAUUCAUUUUGGGGAAUUGAAACCCACUGUAUAUCUCGAUUUUCUUUUUUUUUUUCUCGCUGUCUAAUUCUAUUUGUAAAUGUUUCUUUUGUCAGCCGUGGUUGCCUCCAGAAGAAGCCUUUUGAAAUUUGCAUGCCAUCCCGUUAUGUGUACAUAGUAACCCAUUUCUGUACAGUCCCUUCCGAACCAAACCAGAGCUGUGUACUCCACUCAUUCUAUUUUUUUGUUUUCUUUCAUCUCCAUCAAUUUGCAUCUUAAAACUUACUGGCGUUUUUUUUUCCAACGAUAACUCAAAGUUUCUAUGUUUGCUGUUUGUUAGUAAAAGGAAAUAAUAAAACAGAGCAUUGAAUAUGGAUCACUUUGUCACACAGCAAUGCCUCCUUGUUUGCGUUUUGUGUCUUGAGCUAAAAAAAAAACGGUCACUAAACACCAAAGUUUGAUACUAUAUUUUCCUACAGUGCGGUGUUCAGUGUGAGCUGUUUUUUGUUAACGUAGCUGACAGGGGCCUUCCUGGUGGUUGGUUGUGUGCUGACUGUGGACAGGUAUUUGUGUGAUUAAAAGCCCCCGGAGCUGUAGCACCAUCUUGGUGGGAAAAGAAGCCUCUUAAUGAUCCUAAUGCUAUUGCUUUUUGCAUGCUCGCUGCUCCCCCGCACUAAAGAAGCAACUUAAAAUAUCUCCGAGUAGCAUGUUGUGUUCCCGCCAGCACUCAGGAAUAGCUUUAUCCCACUGUAUGUAACAACCUCAGGAGCCCCCACUCCCCCGAAACAAUGAUUCACAGCUUUUCCACAGUGUUCCGCUCAUCAGUUCAGUGCAAACCACCAGUUGCUCCUCGUUUUCUUGUCUGAGGCCUCGUCGCAUAUUUAAAUGUUCGAUUUGUAUCUGUUGCCAGUUCUAAUACAUUUGCCGUUGGCGAUUUAUGGAGCCUUGUUUCAGCACUUUUUUUUCUGUACCUCAUAAGCCUAUAUGUAUGAAGAGUCAGAAAAUCAAUAAAUUUGUUUGACAUCA